AUGUCACCACUUGUCAGAGGGAAACAGCUUUAUUUUGGCAAGGGCGGGCGCCAACCCGGGCCAGGGCGCCGCCCGGGGGCCCGGGACCGGAAACGCCCCCGCGAGCGGCGCACCCCGCCGCCCCAGCCCCACACACCCGCCCGGCGCCGGGCUGCGGAGGGGCCGCCGCAGGGUGCGGAGGGCGGCGCCGGCUGCCCGCGCCCCUCCCCCGCCCGCGGCGGAAACGUCUCGGAUUUGAAAGAUGCCGCCACCGCCCCCUGCCCCCCCCCCCGCCCACGGAGCCACAAAGGGCCGAGCCCCCUCCCACCGCUGCCCUCCUUCCCCAAUUCCUCCACAGGUCUUCGCGGGCUCUCCCCGCUCGCCCCUCCCGCUCGCCCGGCGCUGGCGACGCCUGCUCACCCGUGUCCCCAGGUCCGGAAGAUUGGGAUCCGGUGCGGCCGGCGACCCCGAAAACACUGGGCCCCUCGGGCGCGGCGGCGGGGGCGUGGCCCUCCCGCCCAGGCCAGGGCCGGGGUCUCGCCUCCGCCUCCCCCGAGGAAGCCUGACGCCGCCGCCUCGUCUUCCUUCCGGCUUCCCCUCGCGCCCUCCCUCUGUCGGCCCGUCCUGAGCGGAAAGCAGCGUCCUCUGCGGGCGCCGCCGCACGCUCCUCAGGGCCCGACCACAGCCAGACUCCUCCCCCGGGAGCCGCCGGGCCGCGAGACGCCCGGCUCGCCGCUCCCGCCCCGCCCCUGCGGCGCGCGCUCGCCCCCUUCGCGGGCCCCUUCCGUGGCCCGGGAACGCGCGGCCAGCGGACCGUGA